ACCUAUCGGCGCGUGACCCCACCACCCUAUGCCUAAAAAAGGUAAUGGCAUCUCCCGUAAUUUCCUGAAAGGUUCAGGGGCGUAGUGCGUGGAGAAUUUAGGUAAAUAAUUAAAAAAAGAAAAAAAGAAAACAGGGGAGGGAGAGGGGAGAGCGAAGGGAGAAGGGGAGGAGAAAGCGCGAUAACCAUGGGAGGGAGGGAAGGGUAAGAGAGGUCGCGACGGUCGACGCCUCAUGGAUUACCGUUUUGCCCCUGCGAAGCUAUUCUAUUUUCGAUUCGUACCCUUCUCCUCCUCCUCCUCCUCGCCUCGACCCCUCAUCGGCGCUAACCACACCUCCGCGCGCUUCUGCGCCCGCUAGAUUCGAUCUAGGGUUAGGGUUGGGGUUUUCUUUUCGGUUUCUGCGUAGAUUGCUUGCUCCGUUCUAUCGCCAUGGAGCCCACCUCCAAGCCGAGCUCCGUGCGCAAGCUUCUCGUUAGGGUUCUCCUGCUCGGCGUCUUCGUCCUCCUCCUCCGCUUCGUCUACGUCGUCGCCGUCCACGGCGGCGCCUGCGACUCCGGCGACUUCUGCCUCUUCUCCUCCCCCUCCGACCUCGCCGUCGACGGCGCCGCCGCGGGAAGCGGCGGCGGGCCCUUCGUCCGCGUCGUCGGCGGCGGCGGUCGCGGCGGCGCCGCCGCCUCCACCCCGGCGCUGCGCGCCCUCUGGACGAGCCGCGAGUGGCGCAAGGCUGUGGAGUAUUACUCCGCUGUGUUCCAGGACCUCCUCGCCGAGGGCUUCCUCUCCCCGGCCUCUCGAUCCCUCUGCGUCGACGCCCCCGCGGGUUACGAGGUCCUCGCCCUUAGGGAGAUCGGCGUCCCCGACGCCGUCGGAGUUGCUAAGAAGAAGGCGCCGCCGCUCGUCGUCGCCGGCGACCUACUCCGGCAGCCGUUCGCCGCCGGCGAAUUCGAUUUCGUCUUCGCCGGGCGCAGCCUCGAUCGGUCGAAGCGCCCCGCUGAUCUCGCGGCGGAGAUCGCGAGGACGACGAAGCCCGAAGGGUUCCUCGUCGUCCACACUGCCUCCGCUGCCGACCUGUAUAGUCUCCGAUCUCUCCGGGAUCUCUUCCCCGGCUUCAAAUCGGUCCGUUCCCGCGAGAUCAAUGGCCCGGAUUCGUCCUCAACCCUGCGUGAGAUCGUCUUCCAGAAGCAAGUAGGUAGUAGUAGCAUUCUUAAGUAG